AUGUGAACAACACGUGAAUUUUCCAUUAAAUUUUAGGUUAUUCGCGGAUUUUGCAAACUUAAUGGUCAUUUGCCCUUGGUACUGGAAGAUACAUUUCUUGGCUUAAUUUGUAUAGUUGGAUUACUGACAAGAGACUGAUUGUUAGCUACCUGCCAUUCUCUUUCUGUCUCCCACUCUUUUCGUUUGCAAAAUCAAACCAUUCCUUCAUAUUUCCUAGCUUCUCAUUUCUCAACCUCAGUUCUUCAGUCGAGUAUUAUAAUUUAUCAAUAAAGUCAAACAUGGAGAUAGUUAACGUUGGGGAAGAAGAAUUCGUAAGGACACUCAUUGUCAAGGAAAAAGCCAAUCCAGAUGACGAAGAAUGCGAGUGUCAUGAUCAAAAUGCAACCUUUAUGGUUGCCUUCAGCACCUUUGUUGCUGUUUGUGGGUCUUUUGUUUUUGGGAUUGCAUUAGGAUAUUCAUCCCCGGCUGAAACUGGGAUCAUGGAUGAUCUUGGCAUAUCUGCGGCUGAGGUAGGACUUCUAUGGUGAUAUAUGCUGCUUCUUUUUGCUACUUAAUAAUAGCAGUGAGAGCAGUGCUAGAAACACUCGCUCUCGCACUCUCCAACCAACACCUGCCCAUAUGUUUUGCCACCAUCAUUCAUUAUACACGAUUCAAAUUUAGAUUGGUUUCAUUCAUUUUCGACAUGAUUUUCAGUCUUGGUUUCCUUUCCUAACAUCGUCUUUUUAUGGAUCUUCUCUCAAUUACAACUUUGCCAAGAUUUCCAACCUCUUCAGCAUAAAUCUCAGGAUAUUUAAAGGUUUUAAUUAUCUCUAACUUCAAUCCAACAUCAGAUUUGGUCACUGACCAUAUCCACCUCUUUCUUCUCCUUCUCCAACUCCAGAUCUAGUCACUGGCCAUCCAACAAACUUAUUCGAGGCCA